CAACAGAAUAGCCGUCAAAAUUAUUAAUAAUAUCAGAAAAUUAGUUUUUGCGCCAGUGUUUAAGUAUACAUAAUUUCAAUUUAUCUCAAAUUAUAAUAAAUAAAAAAAAAUUUAAAUAAUGUCUGAUGAUGAAGAUUUUAAUAGCGAAUCAGAAAAUGAUUUUUCUGCAAGUGAAGAUGAAUGGACGCCUGCUAAAAACAAAGAAGUUGAACAUUCAGAAGAUGAAGAGGAUGUAUCCAGUGGCGAAUUAGAUGAGGAUUUUGCUGUAUCUCCUCCGCCAAAAAAGAAAAGGGAAACUACCAAAAGUGCUUCUAAAGGAUUGCACAAAACCAAAAAGCUAAUUUCAAAACUCAGAGUACCAACAUUGCGUGAUAAAAUGUUUAAAAGAUAUAAUCCUCCGCCAAAAACUAUUGCUACAAGUAUUACAUCUGUGAAAAGUUCAAAUUUAAAUACAACCAAAGAAAAUGAUGGUAAUGAUUCAGAUUCAGGGAGUAGUGUGGAAAAUUUUUUGGUUGAUCCAGAAAAACUUGAUCUAAAAUCAAGUUUUUUUGAUGUAAAAAGUAACAAAGAAAAAUCAGAGCAAGAGGAUGAUGAAGCUCCAAAUUUUGAUUGCAAUUUGGGACUAUCAACGAACAUUUCUGAUAAUGAAGAUGAUAUGGAAAGUAUUAAAGAAGAAAGUGGAAAUGAGAAUAAUGAGAAAAGUUGUGCAGAUGCAAGCCCUUUUAAACAAUUUUACGAGUAUAAAAACGCAAUUGAUGAAGUCAAAAAGAACUCAAAAUCAGGAAAAUCUAAUACUGUAGUUCACGAUAAGAAAGAUGAUGUAUCCUCACUUUUAGCACUUGGAGAAGCAUCCACAUCAAAAAUUCAGGAAGAGAAAAAGUCAACAAAAUCAAAACUGCCGAAUAAAAUAAAAAAUUCAGAUUCCGAGUGGGAAGAAGUUGAAGAAGAAGAAAACGAUGAAAAUGCAAAAUUAAAUGAUGGAAUAGAAAUUACAGUAGGAUUCCCAGAAAAUCAUAGAAGAGAAAAAAGAACAACAGAUGAACAAGCCCAACUAAUGAGAAGAUUAAAUCGUAUAAUUAAAGAAAAUUGUAUGAUUUUUCAUAAAGUCAGUUUACUAUGUAAUAUAGCACAUGGAGUUUAUUUAAAUAGAGCGUUAAAUAAUACUGAGUUGAUGGCACAAGCUUUAAAGUUACUUCCAAGUGAAAAAUCCUAUCCAAAUGGAAGAACAUGUAUUAAAUAUUUUGAAUCGAUUUCUAAAUGGUACAAGGCUGUAAUGCAAUUAAAAAGUGAAAAUGUUUAUUCAGAUUUAAAAACUAAAUCAGCAAUUCCAGUAUCGUUAGCAUUACAAAUUAAGUCAAAAUCAGCGAUUUGUAAAAAAGAUUUUGUUUUAAUUUUUAUAGUUUUAUUAAGGGCUAUGGGAAUUCAAUGUCGAUUGAUAAUGAAUUUAGUUACAUUACCAAUUAAACCUGCUGCAGAAGAUUUGUGCUCUUUGAAAACAAAAAAACCUGAAGGGAAAAAGGAUAACCUUAAGAGUGUUAACAAAACAAAAACUGUUGAUACAAAAAAAGUAAACAAAAAAAUAUCUAUAGAGGAACCUAAAACUAUAGAGAAAAUAAAAGAUAAAGUACUGGAUUCAAAACCAAAUGAGAUUAAGAAUUCAGUGGAAACUAGAGGCUCUUCCAAAACUACAUUAAAAAAAGGGGCAAAAGUAGAAAAAUUAAAUGGAAGUGACUCAUCUAAGCCAAAAAUUAAAGUAACUGAAGCAGAUAAGCAAGAAACUCCAGAAGAAAAACAUGAUUUUAGCCCAGUGAAAACAAGAACUCAAAGAAAAGCACAGACAGAAUCAAUGAAAACGAAUAAUAUUGAACAAAAUGAACCUUCAACAAGCAAAAAAGCAAAAAAUUCAAAUAAAAGUCGUUCGCCAAGUCCUAAAUUUCAUAUUUCACCUCAUUUUAUUAAAACCGGAACUGAAAAUUCAGAGACUUCUAAAAGUCAACGUUUAAUUAAAUCGAAAAAAAAUAAUGAGAAAACUAAAUUAAACAUUCAAAAGGAUAACAAACGUAGUCCAAGUCCAAAAAUUGUUAUAUCUUCAUCAUUCUUUCAAAAAAGCUCUUCAAAUAUAAAAGAAAACAGUUUCGAAAACAAAAGCCAGUCUCUAAAAGAAAAAUUAAAAAUUCCUCAAUUAGACGGCGCCAAUAGUUUGCCAAAGAAAAAAACCUUAAAAGAAAAAGUGUAUGCAGAUAAUUCCGAUACAGAUACUGAUUUUGAGACAUCUCCCCCAAAAAAACCAAAACUUCAAAAUAAAUUAUUAUCAAGAGUUAAAGAUCGCCGCGUUCUUUCAACUGAUGAUGAAGAUGCAAUCACAAAUUCAAAAAAGAAAUCUGGUAUGAAUAUAUGGGUAGAAGUGUAUUCUGAAACCGAAGAUCAAUGGAUAUGCAUUGAUUUAUUUAAAACAAAAAUUCAUUGUGUCGACAGUUUAAGGAGGGAAGCUACAUCACCAGUCUCAUAUGUUUUUGCAUGGAAUAAUGAUAAUUCAUUAAAAGAUGUAUCACCCAGAUAUUGUCCACAAUGGAAUACGGUAACGCGUAAACAAAGAGUUGAUAAGCAAUGGCUUGAUAUCGCUAUUCGUAAAUAUUUGGGUGUUAAAAAUUCAAGAGAUAUUGCUGAAGAUAGAGAAUUAGAAAAAAUACAUAUGGAUAAACCACUGCCAACAACAAUAAAUGAAUUUAAAAAUCAUCCUUUAUAUGCUCUCGAAAGACACUUACUAAAAUUUGAAGGAAUUUAUCCUCCAAAUGCUCCAACUUUGGGUUUUAUUAGAGGCGAACCAAUAUAUCCAAGAGAUUGCGUUCAUUUAUUACAUUCUAGGGAAAUAUGGCUUAAGGCUGCUAAAGUUGUUAAGCCUGGCGAAAAACCGUACAAAAUUGUUAAAGCUCGACCUAAGUGGGAUAAAAUGACGUCCAGUGUGAUUAAAGAUCAGCCACUUGAAAUAUUUGGAUAUUGGCAGACACAAGAUUAUGAACCUCCAACCGCAGAAAACGGAAUUGUUCCACGGAAUGCGUAUGGUAAUGUGGAACUAUUUAAACCCACUAUGUUACCUAAAAAAACUGUACAUUUACAAUUGCCAGGUUUAAGUAGAAUUUGCAAAAAAUUAAGAAUUGAUUGUGCGCCAGCUGUUAUUGGUUUUGAUUUCCAUCAAGGAUCUUGUCAUCCACUCCUGGAUGGAUUCGUUGUAUGUGAAGAAUUCAAAGAUCAAGUAGUUCAGGCUUGGGAAGAAGAUCAAGAAGAACAUGCACGUAAAGAACUAGAAAAGUAUGAAAGUAGAGUUUAUGGGAAUUGGAAGCGGUUAAUAAAAGGAUUAUUGAUAAGGGAAAAAUUAAAAAUCAAAUAUAAUUUUGGAGAUAUGGCAUCGAUUGAAAAAACUACUUCAAAACGCAAAAAGUAAAAUAUUUGUCUAUUUAAUAUUACUGAAAUUUUUGUAAAAUGUAAGUUAGUUAAGAGUAUAAAUUAUAAGUUCUCGAAAAAUCUUGUGUUACAACUUUUGUUACUAAAUGUUUUGUUAAAAUUAACCGGCAUGUACAUAUUUAUAUUACAACUAUUAUUUAUAAAAAGAUGUUGAUACUAUUUUCUGUUAAGUUCAUGUAAGAUUUUUAUAACGUUUUUUUUUUUUGUAAACGUAAAAAUUCAUGUAUCUCGAAA